AUGCGGUCUUCCCCGCCCCAGCAUUCCGGCCAAGACCGCCACCAGAUAUCAGAAGAUGUCCAUAACACGUCUCUGGAUACCUCUGAAUUGACAGGUUAUUAUACAGACUUGUCAAGUUCCGAUAGCGACAGCGAUCUGGGGAGCGAUGGUGCCCCAGCUCUGGAAGGCGUCUCUCAGCAGAGAAGGAGACUAGAAACCGCGCCGCUGAUAACCAGUCACCGACAUAUUCCCUCUGGUGAUCGCGAUGAUAGCAAUCACGAUGAUAACGACAUGCUCAAACCGGAUGGAGAGGACGAGGAGAAACCAGUGACAUGGAGCUCACUACCGAAGAAGGGCCAACUGGCGAUCCUGACCUUCGCGCGGCUGUCGGAGCCGUUGACUCAGACUUCGCUGCAGGCAUACAUGUUCUAUCAGUUGAAAUCAUUUGAUCCAUCUUUGCCGGACUCAAAGAUCUCGGAGCAGGCGGGUAUCCUCCAGGGCUGUUUUACAGCUGCGCAGUUCAUCACGGCUGUUUGGUGGGGCCGGCUGGCUGAUGCCGACUGGAUGGGGCGCAAGAGAGUGCUUUUGAUCGGAUUGAUGGGCACUUGUUUGUCUUGUAUAGGUUUUGGGUUCUCCCGGUCUUUUGCGACGGCCAUGGUCUUUCGGACUCUAGGUGGAGUAUUAAACAGCAAUAUAGGAGUGAUGAGGACGUUGAUUGCGGAGAUCAUAGCCGAGAAAAGGUUUCAAUCCCGAGCAUUCUUGCUCCUGCCUAUGUGCUUUAAUAUCGGUGUCAUCAUCGGCCCAAUCCUGGGAGGCACCUUGGCCGACCCCGUCAACGGCUUUCCGCAGAUCUUUGGCCCGGGAUCUUUGCUUGGGGGUAAAGAAGGUGUCUGGUGGAUGCAGCACUGGCCAUAUGCAUUGCCAAACGUGUUAAGUGCAAUGUUCAUAUUGGCUUCCUUCUUGGCAGUAUUCUUCGGUCUCGAUGAGACCCAUGAAGUCGCACGUUAUAGAAAGGACUGGGGUCGCCAAUUGGGCAAGCGGCUUACAAGAGCUCUAACCCGAAAACACCGACACUACCGUCCACUCCCACGCUCCAGCAACGACGGCUCCGUCUAUCUGGAUGGUAGCGUCGGUACCUUGUCUACACCAUCAACUCCAACCCGUUCUCGCGUGCAUUCCCGACCGCCCAAAAGAUCAAAGGUGCGUCAGAUCUGGACGCGCAACAUCCUUUUGACUCUGUUCGUUCACUUCCUGCUCGCCUUCCACACGAGCGCUUUCAACUCCAUGACGUUCGUGUUCUUGCCCGCCCCCCGUGCCCCAGAGGGCUCUCAGCAAGGCCUUUUCCAUUUCGGCGGAGGACUGGGUCUUCCAUCCUCGCGGGUCGGCCUCGCGACCGCCAUCAUUGGGUUCAUUGGACUGCCGCUCCAAAUUUUCCUCUACCCGGCGGUCCAGGCGAAACUCGGCACCCUCACGUCGUUCCGAGUCUUCCUACCAUUUUCGCAGAUCGCCUAUGUGUUGAUGCCCUUCCUUGUUAUUCUGCCUCGCAUAACAUGGAUUGUUUGGCCCUCCUUUACUUUCGUCAUCACCUUGCAGGUUAUCUCGCGGACAUUCAUUCUACCUGCUGCUAUCAUUCUGGUCAACAACUGUGUCACGGAUCCAUCUAUCCUAGGUACGGUUCACGGAGUGGCUCAGAGUAUCUCUAGCGCAGCUCGGACACUGGGGCCAUUCCUCGGUGGCUGGGGGUUGGGUCUGGGUCUUGAAUACAAUAUGGUUGGGGCCGUCUGGUGGGCGCUGGCUGUUGAAGCUUUGAUUGGUUGGUUUAUGUUGUGGAGUAUCGAUGAAGGUAAAGGGAUCGAGCGUAAAGGGGACGAUGUGGAAGACGAGGAAUGA